CGUGUGCAAUGCAAUGUAUAAUGAGACGCUUCUUUAAAACGGAAUCAAUAUGUAAUCACUAAAAGAUAGUAAAUAAUCACUGAUCAUCGUAAUUAUAAUUCUAACACUAUAAAUCAGGAAGAUUUUACUAAAAGUCAUUAGUUACAGCGUUUUUUAAUGAACAAUAAUGAGGCGUUUGCAAAUCGAUUAGUACUGUCUAUUGGACCUUGUGCCAAAACUCUGUCAUUAGUCCACACUGAGUGCGCACUAGUUCGAUUAAUGAAAUAUAUUAGAAAUAUCAAGAAAAUAUAAAAUAGAAAUAUAAAGUGUGAAUAUUAACAUAUAUAGUGAAGAACAGUGACAUACAUUAAUUCUCGCAAUCAGUGAAAUUUCUUUACUGUCUUCAUGAGUGAUAUUUUUAUUAGUGUAAUUUAAGAAAGUAUGUACCUAUUAAAUUAACAUUGUUAUAUAUAAAACGUAUUAUAUCAACUUAAUUUUUAUGUACAUAAGUUUUUAAUGUAAUUAUUUGUGAAUAAACAAUGACGUGUUAAGACGGUAAUGUAUACUAACACAUUUUCCAUUAAGGCCCGGUUUUUCAUUAUCCGGUUAUCUUGUGGUUAAACUUAACCUGAUGUUUUAUCCAAUGAGCUUCACUCAUGAUGAUGCCAUAGGUGAAGCUCAUUGAAACAUCAGGUUAAGUUUAACUACAAGUUAACCAGAUAAUGAAAAAGAAAGCCGUGCCUAAGAAAGUGGCUACAUCCGAGUUGAAAACGAAUCUCAGUGUUCAAUAAUAAUUUCUUAAAUGAAUUUAUAGAGCUGUGUUCAAAUUCCAGCAAAUAUACUGUGAGUAGUUUAAAUGAACCUGUAAAUAUAUAUCAAUUAUGCCAUUGUGUCUCGUCCGGAUGGACUUACUAUGUAGUUAUACUCCUGCUCGUGUUUCGACAACAGUGUUCACAGAAAUAAAUCCGCGCGCACCCCGCCGCCGCGCGGUGGCCCGCAUCGCGUCACGUGGUCCGCUCUGCGCCAUCAUACUCAUUAUGUUUCUGUUCGUGUAAGACUCAACAAGUCAGUUCACAGGACAGUGUGUUUUUACGCAAUGCCAAAGCACAGGAAACGUCGCAAUUCUUCGAGGGAGGAUCUAUCGAGUCCUUCUAGGAAGAAAAGACGUAGACAUCACGAGUCAACGCGGGAAAAAGCGCGUAACCCCUCCAACAGCCCGCCUAACCUCUUUGGCCACGCGCCCGGCAAUAUCUCAUCGCAGCAACAUGUAAGACUGUUAGAAACUUUUAACGAGUUUCUCGUUUUCAUGAAAAAUCGAGAGCUUCCAGCAGGAACAGCCGUUCCGCAGAAACACGACAGAUCGGCGAAUCUAGUUUCUUUGGCGGGAAUCUCGACAGAUUCAGGCGAUGUGUCUCACACUCCCGAAAGGCUCGCAGACGAACAGACGACCAGUAACGGUCGGGGCAGCGAACCAGGGAGUGCUGACGUUCUUAGUCCAGCGAGAACUAACAACGUCGUAUUUAACGAUACCAUAAUAAUGGAUACUAGCAAAACGAACGCUAUCGGAGAAACGACGGGCCCAGACUCCUUCGUCUUAGAACUGUUCGGCGAACAAAUUCAGCGGCCUCCGACCGCAUCAUGGCUACCAGGUAUUCUUAGCACUGCAAAAACCGACGUUCGCACAGGGCUUAAAAACGAGUUGAGAGACGCACUCCUCGUUAAGUAUGAACCGAAAGAGGAUCUGGUUUUUCUCAGCCCGCCCAAAUUAAAUGGGGAAAUUCUCCCUAACCUAGGCAGUACGGCUAGGGUUCGAGACAAGCAUCAACUGCAGGCUCAGGCUCAAGUAGGAGCAUCGCUAAACGCCAUCGGCUCAGGUUUUUCAGAUUUGGCAAAUCUUGAAAUCCUUCAGGUUUCGGAAGAAGCGAGAAAUGCAGCCACAAAACUUGCGGAGGGCAUUCGUCUCUUAGCAGAUCAUCAUUACCGCUUGUCGCAAGCAAGACGAGCAUUUAUUGUCCCAUCACUCAAUUUUUUGGCAAAAACGGUAUCAGAUGCAGCAGUGGUAGACGACUGCCUUUUUGGGGCCAACUUUGCUGAGCAAAUUAGUACCGCUCAGACGGUCGAAAAAGUCGCUCGCAAAAUGGUCAGAAAAUCACAACCACCGACACAGUCAACUCAACGCCAGAAGAAUAUACAACAAAAAUCAAAAAACCCGAUGGGCCCUCCUCGCAGAAUUCCGUCGACUCAUCAACCGAGGAGGGACAACUCUCAACAUCAGAGUCGCAGCAGGAGAGCCAGGUCUCAUUCCAGACCACGGACACGCCGUUAAAUCCGGUAAGGUCGGCAGGCCGAUUAGCCUUGUUCGCAGAUAGAUGGAGACAAAUAACCACAAACCCGAAAGUUUUGGAAGCAGUACAAGGCUAUAAGAUUCCGUUCAUCACACCGCCAAUACCUCGACCCUCUCUGACGGAACCUUCUUUCUCCACAUCAGAGGCCGAGGAUUGCGACAAGGAGAUAAAACGCUUACAACAAAAGGGUGCGAUACUGAGAGUCGAGCAUUCAGAAGAUCAAUUUUUAUCUUCGUUUUUUCUAGUUGACAAGGCCUCCGGAGGAAAACGCUUUAUUUUAAAUCUCCGAGACCUGAACUCAUACAUCUUUCCUCCACAUUUUAAAAUGGAAGACUGGCGCACGGUAAUACGGCUUAUGAUUCCGAACGUUAAAAUGGCAUCAUUAGAUCUUGAAGACGCAUAUCUAUCAGUACCAGUGCACUCUACUCACAGGAAGUUUCUUCGUUUCCAGUGGAGGGAUAGAUGCUAUGAGUUCACGUCAAUGCCAUUUGGUUUGGCAACAGCACCAUUUAUCUUUACUAAGAUUGUACGCCCAAUUAUUACAAACCUAAGAGAAAAAGGUUUCCAGUCAGUAAUCUAUCUCGAUGAUUUACUGCUUUUUGGAACAUCGACCAAAGAUUGUGCGAAUAAUGUCGAUGCAUCACUGCGGUUAUUUACAUCUUUAGGUUUCCUUAUAAAUUAUUCUAAGUCUCAGUUAAAUCCGUCAUCGCGAUGUAGAUACCUCGGUUUCAUGUUUGACUCUACUCAACAGUCAAUAGCCAUACCACCUGACAGGAGACAAAAACUUCUAUCGCUAGUACGACACAUGUCGAGCAAGUCGCACUGCUCUAUUAGGAAAUUUGCGAGCUUUAUCGGAUCUUUAGUAGCAGUGUGUCCAGCCGUUAAAUACGGGCCUUUAUAUAUAAAGAAUUUUGAACGAGAAAAAUACUUGGCUCUAAAAACCUGUUCUGGAAAUUAUUCUAAACAAAUGUAUAUUCCCUGUAAUUUAAAAGAAGAUUUUGAGUGGUGGACCAAAAUUUUUUCAAAUACCAAGCAAUUCAAUAUUGUCCGUUCAAAUCCAUUUACACGCGAAAUAUUUUCAGACGCAUCUCUAACAGGUUGGGGAGCCUCUUGCAAUGAUCAAAGUACACGCGGAUGGUGGUCACCUGACGAUAAGUCUCUCCAUAUUAAUAUUUUAGAGUUAAAAGCAGCUUUUAACGCACUAAGAUGCUUUGCAGCGGAUCUACACAGUUGUAACAUUUUACUCCGCAUUGACAACACAACGGCUCUCUCAUACGUGAAUAGAUUCGGAUCAGUUCGGUACCUCCUACUAUCACAAAUAGCCAGAGAAAUCUGGAAGUGGUGUGAGGAGAGAAAUAUCUAUCUCCACGCUUCUUACAUUGCCUCUACUAACAAUGUUAUCGCGGAUAGUGAAUCCAGAGUUCGAGAUGUAAACACGGAGUGGACGCUAUCAAAUCAAGCAUUCAAGGUGAUCGAAGAGAGGUUUGGAGAUUUUGUUAUCGAUCUUUUCGCAUCAGCAAUUAAUACAAAAAACGAUAUUUAUAUCUCGCGGUUCCCGGACCCAGGUUCAUGGACGAUAGACGCUUUUACUAUAAACUGGCAUUGCUUCUUCUUUUAUGCGUUUCCUCCAUUUAUUUUGUUGCCCAAGGUCUUACGCAAAAUAAUAGACGACGAGGCAACGGGGGUCUUGGUUGUGCCAUGGUGUCCUUCACAACCAUGGUUUCCCACCUUUCGUCACCUCUUACUUAACGACCCAAUUGUUUUUCAGCCAUCUCAUUCGCUCUUAUCAUCUCCUUUUAGGGACCAACACCCUCAGUGGAGAAACCUUUCCCUGGCAGCAGGGAAGUUAUCAGGGAAGCUUUCCAAGCUCGGGCCGUACCGGCAACAGCAUUAGACACGAUCUUAGCCUCUCUAGCUAAGUCUACAAUUAAACAAUACUCUCGCCCACUUCAAGCUUGGUGGAACUUCUGUCAAACACAGCAGAUUCAUCUAUUUUCGCCAGAAGUCAACCAAGUGUUGGAAUUUCUAACUCAAGAAUUACAAAACGCAGGAUCGUAUUCUACGCUUAACACUGCCCGCUCAGCAGUUUCUCUCAUUUCAAAUAAUAAAAUAGGCGACCAUCCUUUAAUAAAACGCUUUUGCAAAGGGGCUAGCAUUGUAAAACCUCAAAAACCCCGUUAUGAUUUUAUUUGGGAUCCAGCCCCAGUGAUCGCCAAAUUAGCAAAAAUAUUUCCAUAUGACACUAUGUCAUUAGAAACCAUUACUACAAAGCUUGUUUUGUUACUAGCACUGGGCUCAGGACAACGAGCGCAAACGUUGUCAGCCAUCAAAAUUUCGCAAAUUAUGUUCGCGACAGAGAAAGUCGUCAUUAGAAUUCCGGACCGAGUUAAGACGUCUGCCCCAGGGCGUCCGCAACCAAUACUUACCUUCGCCCGUUUUUCUGACCGCCCGAACUUAUGUAUCGCCCAUAUUUUAGAACACUAUUUACGAAUCACCAAAAACUUACGCGCAGCGCAAUGUGACAACUUAUUUAUAGCUUGCAAAAAACCUCAUAAAGCAGUUGGCGUACAAACUUUAAGUCGAUGGUUGCGCAAGGGACUAGAGGAGUGUGGAGUGCGGAGCGAGUUGUUCUCGGCCCACAGCACUCGACACGCCUCUACUUCAUUGGCAGAUAGAAAUGGAGUUACAACAGACUUAAUUAAACGUGCGGCGGGAUGGUCAGGCGAUUCCCAAAUCUUUUCAAGAUUUUAUAAGCGACCGAUUCUUAAUCCGGAAGACUUCUGUAACGCGGUCUUUUCUACAUAAACACCGUUUAGCCUUAUUUAUGUAAACCAUAUUAUACCUAAGCUUGCAUUUCGCUUUUCCACACGUUAUGGCGAAUCCUUUUAUUUUUAGUUUAUGUUACAAGGUCUGUUACAAAUGAUAUUUUAUGCGAAGUAAAAGUUGUUCUCGGUAUAAACACCGCCGAGUAUGAUAGAGACUAUAUAGUGAUUUAGAGUGAGGCAAAUCUUUCUUUGAACAUCUACAUAGUAAGUCCAUCCGGACGAGACACAAUGGCAUAAUUUGAAGAUUAAACGAACUUGAAAAGUGAAGUUCGAUCUUAAUUAUGCCUGGGUCUCGUCCGGAUGGACCUUCCACACCCAAAAAGGAAAUAUAGGCUUACUUGCCAUACUUCCCUUUUUUGCCCUCCCAAGAUUACGGCUCUAGAUAGACGAUUUGCCUCAACACUUUGAAAAUAAUGAGUAUGAUGGCGCAGAGCGGACCACGUGACGCGAUGCGGGCCACCGCGCGGCGGCGGGGUGCGCGCGGAUUUAUUUCUGUGAACACUGUUGUCGAAACACGAGCAGGAGUAUAACUACAUAGUAAGUCCAUCCGGACGAGACCCAGGCAUAAUUAAGAUCGAACUUCACUUUUCAAGUUCGUUUAAUCUUCAAAUUCUUGAAAUUAUUAUUGAAUAUUAAGACCCGAUUUUGCAAUGUAGUUUUUUUUUAACUUAAUUGUGUAAUUAUUUG